AUGAAAAGAAAUCUACAGGGGAGGAAGAAAUCAAGACAAUCUAUAAAAGUCGUCUAUCAAGGAUUAAAGGAGCUGGUGAAAUUUGGAAAAUUUGCAGAGACAGAAGGUGUUCAAACUUCAAGUGCUCAAACUGCUGUGGUGGCCGAAGAACAUGCGGUGCCAUCAAGAUCAAAUCUCAGUUCUUCAUUUGAAGUUUCUGAUGAUGAUGAUGAUGAUGAUGAUGAUGAUGAUGAUGAUAAUGAUGAUGAUGAUGAUGAUGAUGAUGAUGAUGAUGAUGAUGAUGAUGAUGAUGAUGAUGAGAGUGAUAGUGAUAACGAUGGUAUGGAUUUUCGUAUGUUUGUACCGAAAAAAGAACCAGUCAAUGUAGUUGUGAUUUCUCCAGCUGAGACAGAAAAGGAAAUCAACAUUUUUAAGCAACAAAACGAUCCUACGCCCGAACAGAUGGAAGAUCUUAUUGACAAAUUACAGUCAACUGCAAGGAAGCCUCCCCAAGCAGUUUCUGUUACUUCUGAGUCUCCAUCUGGGAGUGAUAAAGACAAUUCAAAAUCCUCCUUACUGCCACGAAAGCGAAAAUGUGGAGAUCCAAGGCCGAGAGUGCUUUCUGCUGAACCAGUACAACAGCCUUCUCAGAUUGUUGAGCCUGCUGAAGUUACUCAUGAUGUUCAAAGUAUGAUUAUUAAGCCAGCUCAAGUUAUUCAAGAUGUUCAAUGCCCAAUCAUUAAACCAGCCCCGGUCCAAGAAACUGUUCAAAGUCAAAUGGAUAAUGAGGAAACAUUUGCUUCAGGAAGCUCUUCUGCCCCACCACCUCCAGAGCACAAUGCUUCAUCUGUCAAAUUAGCCAAGUUACUUGCUUUUCAAGAUUCCAUUUCUCAAUCCAAAGGAAAAGGAAUAUCUAUUGGCUCUAGGCAAGGAGGUGAUGAAGACUCCCAUCAAACCAUCUCUGAGCUCAAACAAGAGAUUAUGUUUUUGAAGCAGGAGUCCAUUGAGAAGGACUUACUGAUUGGUAGUCUGGAUGUGAGAGUUUCUAACCUUGAACAUGAAAACUCUGUUAAAGAUGCGAAGAUUUCUGAACUUCAAGCAAAUCUUGGUGGUAUAACUGCUUUAUUCUUUGACCUGAAACAACGCUUACAUCAGAAGUUUGGUGAUGAUUUUCAACCUUUAAGCGCUGAAGGCGAAAAGAUUUCUGCUUCUAGUUCUGAUCCAGUCAAUGCACCUUCUCAACAGGCAGUGAAAGAGUUGUAA